UGAGGUGGCGGAGGAGCUCUGCGAAAUGCCUUUUUGCAUGCCCGCUGUUUUUUGUACUCUUUCUGCGUGUGUUCCGUGUGUGCCGAGGGACCAGCCGCUGCGUGUGUAGCCAUGAUCCGAGGCGACUUGAGCGGCUUGUCCUAGCUGACGGAGCCGCUUCAGCAGCGGAGGGUCGGUGCAGCACCGCCGGGGAUGAGGCCUACUACUUGUUAAAGCUCCCCCACCACCCCUCCAUCGCCAUGGCUGAUGAUCAACAACAACCUGGUCAGAAGCCUGCCUCCGGACUAGGCUCUCUUCCAGCCAUGGUGCCGGGACUCCAGGGGCCGGAGGCCAACGCGCUUCAGUUCAAAAUCAAGAAUUCUAUUUGCAAAUCUGUACAAUCAAAAGUGGACAGCAUAUUGCAAGAUGUUGAGAAGUUUACAGACAUCGAAAAACUCUACCUCUACCUUAAGUUGCCUUCUGGUCCCAGCAGUGGCAAUGAUAAAAGUUUCCCCAUAUCUAUUCAUCACCCCAACCCCCCAAUUCUGCCCAAUUGGACUGAGAAUGAGAGGGGGGCCUCCACUCCGGGAUUAUGCGAUCAGAGUUCCAUGUCGUCGAGCCGAACUCAACAGAUGUACGCGUUCAACUGGAUACGGAACCACCUGGAAGAGCACCCCGAGACUUCUCUCCCCAAACAAGAGGUGUACGAUGAAUACAAGAGCUACUGUGACAAUCUCGGCUACAAUCCACUGAGUGCGGCAGACUUUGGGAAGAUCAUGAAGAAUGUCUUUCCCAACAUGAAGGCACGUCGACUGGGCAUGAGAGGCAAAUCCAAAUACUGUUAUAGCGGGUUGAGGAAGAAAGCUUUUGUUCACAUGCCAUCCCUACCAAACCUGGAUCUGCAAAAAUCUGGAGACGGGUGUGAGCUGAUGGAGCCAUCGGGACACUCUCCCAACGCUGAGGAUGAAAUGCGAUCCGCCGCUUGUGGGUUGGUGUGCGAGUGGGCGCAGAAGGUGCUCAGUCGUCAGUUUGACAAUGUGGAGGAUCUGGCUCGGUUUCUACUUAACAGCCAUUACAUUGGCACCAAGUCCAUAGCAGCGCUCACCGUCAUGACUGGCACACCAACAGGCAUGAAGACACCUACUCCAUCCUCAGCUUUCGUCCCCACAGCUGAGGCUAACUCAUUCCAGCCCCAGGUGAAGACCUUGCCAUCGCCCUCUGUUGAUGCAAAGCAACAACUGCAGCGCAAGAUCCAGAAGAAGCAGCAAGAGCUGAAGCUAAACUCGCCUUUACCCUGUGAGAACCAGGUCAAACGGACGGAGGCCAGCACCCCUGGUCCCACAAUCCCUUGCGGGAGCCCAGCUUUGUUGUCCCCUCAGCCCACCAUCGGCAUCGUAGUAGCAGCUGUCCCCAGCCCCGUUACUGUCCAAAGAAGCAGACAGUUGAUGACAUCACCCAGCCCUGUGGGCACAGCAGAGGGGAAGGUGCUUCCUGUGAACUUCCAAGUGGUCACUCAGUCCCUGAAACAGUCCCCCAAAACCCCACAGAACAUCUCAGCCAGUCCUGUGGGUGACCGACUGACACGGCACAGUACCAGGUACGCUCAAAUCCUGCCCAAGCCCUCCGCCACCAGUACCAUCACCCUGCGCUCGCCCCCGGCCUUGCUCAUCACCAACAGCCCUAUCAAAACUGUGAUGCCCACGUCGCACGUCAGCUCGCUCAACGUGGUGAAAAUGACGGCGAUCGCGCUGGCGCCCGGCACCAGUAGCACCACAGUGCGACCUGCCUCUGCCGGGGUCAACACCAUUGCGCCCUCCGAUGACUCCCAGCAGUCCCAGAGUGGAAGCUCAGCCCUUCAGUCCCCUGCAGCCCGACCAAGUGCGCCGGCUUCCACUGUGGCCGUGUCCAGCGAUGUUAAAAUGACAUCCGAAAGUGACAACAUUACGAGUGCUGGGGGCGAGAAAGGAGCUGCUGGCGUCAAAGACGAGAGGGUAGCGAAGUUCAGGGCUGCCAGUGAACCGAGCUUCCUGGUAAAGUGUUCUCCCGGAGCUGACAAGGGUGCCAGGAUCAAGAUCGACCCCUUGCCAUCCACCACCACUUCAGCAGCUCUGACUGGGACUCAGGACAGCAAUAUCACCAACUGCCAUGACAGUACCUUGUACUUGACUGUUGAUAAUCACACCACCAACACGUCGUCCAGCAUCUCAUCUGCGAUCACAACACCUGAUGCAAAGAGCCCAAGGAAGCGUAACGGUCCAGGCGGGGAGUCCCACGUGAUCCCUGUGAAGAGGGUGUUUAUCUCCCAGCAGCCACUGGCUGUCAUAGACAAUCCCAAACCUGGAAUCAGUGCUGCGGUGAAAAGAAUCCCACGCCCAGGAACCCCAGCCAGGCCAGACAGUGCACCGUGCAAAGUGACCAUGAAACACUCCUCCCUCGGGCCCACACAGAUCCUUGCACUCUCAGACUUGCCCAUUACUCAGACGGAGGGCUCACAGACUGUUGUCAAACCCCAGGCUCUGGUGGCCAAACGUGACGACCGCUCGCUCACCAUCGACACCAGCACAGGAGGAAACCACCCGAGUGAUCAGGCAUUGCUGCAGCAGAUCUCUGGGGACACGCGCGCCAUACCCGUCACGCCAGGAGCACACGACGUCUCUGUCAUGAGUGAAAUAAAGAGCACAAUAUGGGAGGAGGGGCAACUCAAUGAGCUACGCAAGCAGGCGUUUGUCCAGCAGCUACCAGCAGAACAUAAACAAGCCCCGUCGGACCAACUCUCAACGAUCAGUCAGCCCAGUGAACCCUCCACUCAGCUCAUCCUGACCCAGGACAUGGAAGAUUUUGCCAGCUCGCAGGCCAGCAUGGACUACUUCCCCGACUUCAAUGACGACGACAUGACCCAGGACAGCAUCGUGGAGGAGUUGGUCCAGAUGGAGGAGCAGAUGAAGUUGAAGGGUCUGUUCACCACUUGUGUGGACGUGUCUCUUCAAAACCAGUCGGCCAACAACCAAGGCUCGGCGGUCUCUGCCCACCAGCCCAGCGGCACCUUCUACCAUUCUGCGCACAGCAGUACCACUCCAGUGCAGACUCCCACGCCCACCCCGACGCCCACCCCGACGCCCACUCCCACCUCUGAGAUGACCCUUGGGCACACCCUGACCAGAGAAAGCCCGUGUUCUCGCAUGGCUCCCAUCACCCCGGUGGAUAGCGCCAUGGGUCGCCACACACCCAUCAGCACGCCGCUGUCCAACUGCAGCAGCAGUGUCCCUCCCAGCCCGGUGGAGUGCAGAAACCCGUUUGCCUUCACUCCCAUCAACGCCAGCAUCACAGGUUACCAUGACGCCAGUAUUGUCUCCAGCAGUCCGGUCAAGCCUAUGCAGCGGCCAAUGGCUACUCACCCCGACAAGGCCAAGCUGGAGUGGAUCAACAACCGUUACAACAGCACCUCAGGAGGGCCGUUAUCCAACCACAGUAUUGGCAUUUUGCCCAGCUACCAGGACCUUGUCGACGAUCAGUUUCGGAAGCCACACGCGUUCGCGAUUCCAGGGCAGUCGUUUCAGGCCCAGCCUCGACAAGAUUCAGCUCAUUUUGGUCGUCUGACCCCCAUUUCCCCGGUGCAGCAGCCACCGCAACAAACUGGCGUGUCGACCCCCACGAAACAAGAGAGCUUUGCAGUUCCUGCACCGCUGGAUAACAAGGCCUCCACUUCGUCUGCAUCCAGUACGUUCCGAUGCCGCAGUGUCAGUCCUGCGGUGCGUCAGAGGAACUUCAGUGGCAACACUGGCCCUCAGACCACCACCACCACCAGUAUCUCCACCACGAGCCAGGCUGUAGUCACGGCAUUCAACUCCCCCAUCACCUCCGAGGUGCUCAGCAUUCUGUCCAACACUCAAACUGUGAGCUCCGUCCAUAGUAUGGUCCAACGCAGCCAGUCUGUGCCCCUGAACAUCAUGAUGCAGAGCGAGAUGUUGCCUGUGCAGGGCCAGAAUAACACCACCAAAAUCACCAACGUUCUCCUCAGCAAGCUGGAAGCGGACGGGGACGAGUCCGUCCGCGGCCUGGGGAUCAACAACCUCCCGUCCAACUACACUGCCCGCAUGAACCUGACGCAGAUCCUGGAGACCACUCCAGGUUUCACCGGAGGGACUACCCACCAGACUCAGCUGCCUGUCAGCUCCAGUCCUGCUGCCUUCGAGAUCCAGCCACAGGGUUUCCUCGCGAACCCCGGUGGGGACCAAGUUAGUUUCCCUACGGGAGACGGUCAAGCACAAACAGGCGCUGCCGAUCUGGAUCCGCCGCAGCUGCAGGAGACCCCUGUGCAAAGUCAGCCUCCGCUGCUUCUCCAGAGCACACAGCAGCAGCAGCAGCAAGCAGCAGCCGAGGACGAGCAGCAACAGCUGGACUUCAACAACACUGUCAAGGACCUGCUGGGAGAAGACGCCCUGAACCCCAGCUCCCAGUUGGUCGGUCAGGUAGCUUCAGAACUCAAUGCUGUGGCAUCUGACUUCUCCAACGACAUGAGACUGACCUCCGAUCUGUCCAGUAGCAUCACUGACCUUAACACAUUGGACACCAAUCUGUUGUUCGACCCCAAUCAGCAGCAGGAACAAUACGAGGCCUCAACACUGGAAGAACUGAACAAUGACCCACUUUUUCAGCAGAUAUGCAGUGAUACUGUGAACUCUGGUUUUGACUGGUUAGAGAGCAAAGACCAGCCGACCACGGUGGAGAUGCUCGGCUGACCCCUUCUUCCUCUCCCUUUCAUUUCUAUUCCACGUCAUUGGUUUGGUGCACACUUCAUGUCCUGUCGGGAUCUGUCACCACCUCGCCAUUUUUUCCAUUCAGGCCGACCACAAUAUCCUCUGUUAUUCAUUUGUUGUUCCUAUUUUCACGAGUUGAUAUCACCUUCAAUCGCCGAGGUCGGCAUUUCAGAGAGGAAUAUUGACUUAGACAUUGAUGUUACAACAGGAAAUGCAACAUUGGCUUUGAACGAUAGUGUUGGUUGUGUAUAGCUUAGCACAAAUUAAUUAAAACAUAUUUAUGUACUAUACCGUUUAUAACAGUGCAGAUGACGAUAAGAAGGUAUAUGGAAUUUACUAUAUGCACUUGUAAAGGAGAGAAAGGUGGCAGAGCACCGCUGAUGUCCCUCAAUUAAACAAAGAUAUAUUUAAGAGGAAGACGUUUCAUGCCAAAAAUAUACUUGUGAACAAAACAUUUCACCUGUUUUGUGUUGAUAAUCAAAUUGACAGACUAACACUAGGGAAUAUUCACGCACUGAAAUCCUUAAAACUGAGUGGAGUUACCAACGUAGUCUUGGAUGUUUUGUCAACCAAUAUUUUUGGCGUAAUCUGUCGGAGCUUUUUGGCCGCGCACACAUUCGCCUGCCACUUCAGAAUAUCAAAAUGGUGCCGUCUUUUUUCGCUACCAGGUGCUGAAUUUUAUCGCGUAUUCUUUAUCAGAGGAAAUCAGUGCUGGACUGAUUCACGUCGGCGCAUUGUUCGUGAAAACAAUGUGUUCUUCAGGCCUGCACUUGCUGUACUGUUUUAAUAUCUUCUAAAGGGAGCGGAUGGUGGGGGUCAGGAGGAGAUGGCGCUAGAGGCCACACGCUGGACUUUCCCGUUAAAUGGAAUCAACAACAGGCUGCCUUAUUCCUCAAGUCCAAGGCCUUACGCCAUCUUUAGAGAGACUGUAAAUAGCAUAGCAUCUCUUUGAUAUACAAGAUAUCAUCCUGAACUUCAUCGUCAUAUCAAGGCAGCUGAUUCGUUCUGUAUUUCUUAUUCCGUUUGUGUUCUGCUGUGUUCCAGUACAUUAUGAACAGUCGAUCAAAUACACUGUGUGUGUGUGUGCGUGUGUUAUCUGCGAUGGAUUUUGAUGAUUGACAGGCACACUUCCACUUAUAAUAUUUGUUGGCAUGCUAUUGUCCCAGUUUGGAUCGGUCCAAGAAACGGCUCAGUUGGAAAUGAGAUGAACCAGGUUAUUGUUUCUGACCCAGCCUUACUUUAACACCAGAGGUUUUCUGAUAGAACGACGGAAGAGAUUAUAACUUAUAGUCACUCCUUAAAUAAGCAUUAGCAACGGGAAGCUGCCUUUGACUUGUAGGAAAUGAACUAUGUUGCAUAAAUCCUUUGUAAGUAUGUAAUCUAGUCAGAUGGCCACCGUCCUGUAGGACCUGAAGGCAUGUUGAAACCAUCACGGCCAGACAGGUAGGCGAUUCAGUGAUUCAGUAGGAUGCUUGCUCCAGUUUUUGGCUAUUAUUGUCAAUGUUGUAUAAGUCAUGUUUAAGCUCCAUCUGUAAAUAGGAUAGUUACAUAGAGAUUGGUGUAUCAAGACACUAUAUUAUGGCCAUUAUUCUAGCUAAGUAUGUGCCAUCUAAAAGAAAAAAAAGCUUAACAGAUUUAUAGUCGGCAAGAUACUGUAUGUUGUGUGUUACAUUUCUGGCUCAGUGUGUCGUAAAAGUAAUGACGUCUGGUCUCGCUUGCUGAUUUUCCUUUACUUUAUUUCUAUUCAACGAUAAUAGUUUUCUGCGGUUGCAGAAGUGAUGUGUGCUUUGAGCAGGAUCAAUAGCAUGGAAUAUUGAGAUUUAAAAAAAGAAAAAAAAAAGUUGUGAUAAUGUUAGCUGGUUGCAAACAUCUCUGUGACAGACAUUGUGCUUUGAAGCUUCUCAGCAGACACUGGAAAAUAAUCUAUUUGCUCAUGUUUUUGGACAAACUUCAGAGGUUCACAUUCUUGCACUAAAUUUUUAUGACACAUCUUUAUGGACAAAUGUAUGCCCGAGACAACAGCAAAGGAAGAAAAUCGGAAAAAGGAAAAAAAAAAACGUUUUUAUGUGACGUCGGUGAGGAAAUUGAAAUGAAUUGACUUCUUGUCUUGUAGCAAAAUGUGCAUUAAUCUCAGUGAGAUACACGUUUCUUACUCAUUCUCAUACAUGAGAAUAUGAAGCAUCGAGGGGGGAAAGUUAAAAUGACCUUUUAAAAACCUACAUGCUCAUUAUGUUGAUAAAUGAUUGUACGCACGCAUGUGUGAUGACUUCUGUUGUACUUUGUAUAUCCUUGGUAACCACUGUCUUCUGUGAUUUGGGCAGGUUCUGUUAACCAGACUGGCAGUGCUACUUUAUGUUACUUUUGUUGUGUGACGUUAAUAUUAACUUAUUCCUAAGUUAAUAUUGUUCUAAAUGUUCUUUUGAUGACUGUUCUUUUUGUUUUUUUACACAAGUAUUGUUUUGCUAAAUGAUUUUGUGAAGAAUUCUCUCCUUGUGUUUUUUUUUUCUUUUUUCUUACAAUACAGCACUGAUAUUUGAAUUAAAAUGAAGGAAUUGCACCUCAUAUUGAACAGGAGCUCCAUCAAGCAGUGACUCUGAUUCAUGACCCUUGACUGACCCGGAACCAACCCCUGUUUGACGAUCUUGUCCAUUUCUACCAGUAGAAAAACAAAGCCCUCCUCUGUGAUGUUGUCUGGUGUACUGCUUAAUGUACAGUAGCUUGUUAAUAUGCUAAAUGCGUUGUUUCUUUUUUCAAUGGAAAGUACUCACUGGUGAGAUUUUUAAAGUGGUUUUAAAGCCAAUAAACUUUUUUUUAAAGAA